CAGACGUAAUCGAGUGCUGCUCAAAGAUUUAUCCUCAUCUUUUGAAUCGACUCUCUCUUUCCCCCUUCACUCUCUACCUUGACAUCUCCAGGCCGGCGUUCCAUCCCUCUCUGUGGCACAAUUGAAAUGACAAGCUGGAGUGUGUAUCUCCUGGUAGUCCUUGCCUUGUGCUUCGCUCCAGAGUCUAGUGUUACUGAGGAUUCUGAUUAUUCUGGUGAUGAUGAACUUGUGCCCAUGGAAGUCUUUGAUGCCGACCAGAUUGUUUUCAAUAUUAGUAAUACAUCACAUGGUAUUACUUUAACAUGGAGGGUACCAAAUAAUAAAAUCACACUGACUUGUUAUUCAACUGAAGUGCAGUACAAGAGCCAGUGUGUCAAUGACUGGAAGAGAACUCCAUCUGAACAUAAACAAGGAGAUGAUGAAGUGUAUCGUUUGAACCUGUCCACCCUCAGCAUAAAGAAAAAUUACGAUUUCAGAAUAAGAAUGAGGUUGUGGUGUAAUGAUAAGGACUGGAGCAACUGGACAAAAGUGCAAAGUUGGGGAAACAAUGCAGGUGCUUGUAUGGUAGAAUUACCUGCCAACAUUAUGUAUUUUGAUUAUUUUUAUAUUUUAAUAAUUGUGCUGCCACUGACCGGCUUUCUUCUUGUUUGUCUGCUGACUCAACAGGGAAUUAAAAGACUGAUCCUUCCUAAAGUACCAGAUCCCAAACACUUCAGAAAUAAGAUCAUGGACUUUGACCAGUAUCAGUGGUGGGGGAACCUUACGCAGUUGAAUGAAGAGUGCACAACAACAGAUAUUGAGAUUAUUGACAAGAACGAAAGGGAAGAGCAACAUCAGUCUUUGGUAAUGCAGCCCAUCGACACCAACUAUGAGCAACAUGACAAGAUGUAUUGCAUCUACUCCUCUGAAACAUCUGGUGAAAACACAGAACCACAAUAUUCUCAGAUGGUAUUGGGGUAUAUUACCCUCUAAAACCACAGAGAGUGACUGAAAUCAUAUUGAUGAAUGCAACCUAAUGUUUUUCAGACUAUGGUGUAAAACAUUACAAACGUCAUGAGUUGAUCUUUAAUGCUAUUUAGAGAAUUGUCUCAAGUUUGUGAUCCUCACAGUUUGGAUGCUUAGCAUGGCAUUGUUAGCCCCUGCUGGUAGAUCCUCUAACUACACAAUAUGAUAGAUCCAAAUAGCAUCUUUCUCAAUUGACAGUCAUUCAAAAUUAGUCAUCUAUUCAACUAAAGUUUUAUGCUGCUUAUUUCCAGGGCAAAGCCAAACAAGAGUCUUUGAGAUGAAUGCAAAUGGAUACACUUUAUAGAUAUUACAGAUAUCAAGUCAGUGAUCAGGAUUGUGGUUAAGGCAAGCUAGUGCACAGAGCAUCAUUUGAGCAUAUCUACUGUGAGUGCAGUGCAAUAAUUGGACAAUGGAGGGCACUCUGACUAUCCUGAAGUGUUAAAGAAGAGUUGAAACAUAUCAAAGCCAACCAGGAACACACUCUUCACAGCAUCACAGGCCUCUCUUAAGGGAGGAUGUACGUUAAUUUGAAGACUGAUUUAAAAGAUUAAUGUGAAACUGCAUAAUAGAUGUGGAGUUUCAGUGUUACGGCGUAACAAAGCCAGGGCAGCAGCCACACACUCCGAUCUGUUGUGAUGAACUGGAAUGUGGGUGCGUGAGAAUGAGCAAAUAAUCAUUAGGAGAUAGAAGCAAAAGUGGACAGCACACAGGUGGAUAAAUGAAAGCGAAAAUAUACACUGUUUCAGUCAUACCUAUUGCAGCUUAUAAAAACUGUAAGGUUUUGGCUGUACGAACGAGGCAAAUAUGUACAGUCGGAUCCAAAAUUAUGACACCACACAAUGACACCAUUUAUUAUCUACAUUUGAAGCUGGAAAUAAAAAUUAUUUUAUUAUUAAUACACCUAGAAAAAGUUUUUGAAAAACUUUGAAAGGACAAAUGACAAAAAAGGCAACAUAAAAAAUGUAAAAUGUAAAGAAAUAUUUAGUGUUCAGCAGUCACCGAUCAAACAAAUUUGUCACAAUCAUGUGAUUCCAAAUCAUUUUUAAGCACAUGAUCAUCAGGUUUUCCCACAAAUUGCCAUGCAGCUCAAGUUCUGCUGUCAUUAAAGCAAAAAGAGGACAAACCAAAUACAUUCUGACACUUUUGUCAUUCUUCUUUUUUUUUUUUUUCAAUCAAAUUGCUAUGCUGAUAAGGUGGGAAAAUAAAAGAACAUUUUACACAUGGUUUCAGACUUUUGGGCCCUACUGUACAUACAUUUGAUACAAUACUACAGAAAAUCCCUUGAUUCUGUCUUUUUUUAUUGCACAAAUCAUAUUGCCAUCAAUUCUACUUUAUUUUUAUACAUUGUCAGUGUAAAGAUUUGCUAAAAGUUUACAGUUAUGGUUCUUUUUACUUUUGCAUUUAAUAAACACUUUGUUUAUUUGUCCACCAACAG